CUACACGCCAAUGCACUAUGCAACAACCACAAUCAUCCAGUCGGUAUCGCAGUAAUUAUCGUGGUGGAGCAAGAGCAAGCGCAAGCAGAGGGCAAGGCAGAGGUCGAGGCGACAGUAAGGGACGAGGAGGAGGCGGAGGCGGCGGGCCCGGACGCACCGGCCGACUCAAAGGUCUCUUCGACCGCAUCUGGUACUGCGACUGCACUCCGCGACUACCGGCGGAAAGAUUCUGCGUCAAGAAGGAGAGUCCGAACAAGGGAAGAUACUUUUACACGUGCCAGCAGACGGACGAAUGCGGCUUUUUCUUGUGGGCGGAAGAAGCUCAGGUCCGCGAGGCCUCGUGUGUCUUGAGUAACGCUGGGAAGGAAACUCCACGCAACGACGAGGCGCAAGAAGGAUGGAGUGCUGGGAGGCCGUCGAGAAGCGUGCGCUUUGCGUCGCCGACGCUGUCUCCGACGCCUGCUGCGAGGACUGUCGGGCUUCAGCAUGCUGCUGGUGUCAAGCGCAGUUCGCAUGAUGCUGGCUUUGUGGAGGAUGGCAACGACGACGAUUACGACGACGAGUCAUGGACAUUGACGAGCAAAGAGGAAGAAGAGUUGGCACGGGUGGCCGAUGAAUCCAUAUUUCAAACUCCACAGAAGCCUCGAACGACUAUGGGAGUCUAUGCCACACCCAGUUCCGAACAUCAGUCAGGAAAACAAACACGUAGCCCUCGGAGACUCCCAUGGCUCGAAGAUCCCGCCACACCAGUAUCAUUGAAGAAGAGCAUUGGAGACUACUUUGCCACUUCUCCUUCCAAGCAUAAACCGGCAGCAGCAGCAGCAGCAGCAGAAGAAGAAAACCCACCACCACCAACCCACGUUGCUCCUACCUCAGCAGCAGCCUCAGCAGCCUCAGCAGCAGCAGAAGAAACGACCACAACAACCCCUCCUCCACGUCCCAAACAAAAGCAAGUCCUCCCAGAAAUUCCCGAACCGCCCUCCUCCCCAUCCCCACCAACCCGCUUCAAAGACUCUCUGGCCACUUCCACGGAAAACACCUUGACGCAAGAUGUCUUUGGCGUAUUACGCUCGAUUCCGCUGCCGCUAUCUGUGAAAGGGAGACUGCGAGCGAUUUUGACCAAACACGAUUUACGCACGGAGGGUGUAAAAAUGGGGAGAGAUAUUUCGAGGGCUGUUAUCAAGACGAAAGAGGCGAGGAUUGUGGAAUUGGAGGAGAGGAUCAGGAUUUUGGAGAGGAAGGAGGAGAAGGAGGAGAGGGGUGGUGGUGAUAGUGAUGGUGGGUCUCUACGGGAGUCGUCUACGAUGCUGCAGCAGCGGAAGGAGGAGGAGAAGGGCAGAGUCGAUGAUGAUGAUGGUGAAGAGACGGAUAUGGAAUUGUAAGUUUUGAAUUUUGAGAGCGAUGAGCGAGGAUUGUUUUUUGGAGCCUACCUUACCUAUGAUACC